AUGGCGGAGCGGCGGCGCGCGUGGAGCACGGAGGACGACCUGCCCGUGUACCUGGCGCGGCCGGGCAGCGCGGCGCAGACCCCGCGCCAGAAGUACGGCGGCAUGUUCGCCGCGGUGGAGGGCGCCUACGAGAACAAGACCAUCGACUUCGACGCCUACAGCGUGGGCCGCCGCGGCUCGGCGCGCACCCCGCGCGGCGCGGGCCGGCUGGACGCCGCGGGCCUGCCGGGGCCGGGCGGCAGCGAGGACACGGCCAGCGACGCGAGCGAGCCCUCGGGGUCCGCCGUCAGCUCGCCCGGGGAGCGCGACGAGCGGCCGCCCGCGCUGCGCAUCCGCUGCCCCGCGCCCCGCGACCUGCCGCUCGGCCGGGACAAUGGCCAGAGUGACCGCCUCCUCAUCAAAGGUGGACGCAUCAUCAACGAUGACCAGUCCUUCUACGCCGACGUCUACCUGGAGGAUGGACUUAUAAAACAAAUAGGGGAGAACCUCAUCGUUCCCGGCGGAGUGAAGACCAUCGAGGCCAACGGGCGGAUGGUUAUCCCCGGAGGCAUCGAUGUCAACACAUACCUGCAGAAGCCCUCCCAGGGCAUGACCGCGGCCGACGACUUCUUCCAGGGCACCAGGGCGGCCCUGGCAGGCGGGACCACCAUGAUCAUUGACCACGUUGUCCCUGAACCUGGGUCCAGCCUGCUGACGUCCUUUGAGAAAUGGCAUGAAGCAGCUGACACCAAAUCCUGCUGCGAUUACUCCCUACAUGUGGACAUCACGAGCUGGUACGAUGGCGUCCGGGAGGAGCUGGAGGUGCUGGUGCAGGACAAAGGCGUCAAUUCCUUCCAAGUCUACAUGGCCUACAAGGACCUCUACCAGAUGUCUGAUAGCCAGCUCUACGAGGCCUUCACCUUCCUCAAGGGGUUGGGAGCUGUGAUCUUGGUCCAUGCGGAAAACGGAGAUUUGAUAGCUCAGGAACAGAAGCGGAUCCUGGAGAUGGGCAUCACGGGCCCCGAGGGCCAUGCGCUGAGCAGGCCCGAGGAGCUGGAGGCCGAGGCCGUGUUCCGGGCCAUCACCAUCGCCGGCCGCAUCAACUGCCCCGUGUACAUCACCAAGGUGAUGAGCAAGAGCGCGGCCGACAUCAUCACUCUGGCCAGGAAGAAAGGCCCCCUCGUGUUCGGCGAGCCCAUCGCCGCCAGCCUGGGCACGGAUGGCACCCAUUACUGGAGCAAGAACUGGGCCAAAGCAGCGGCCUUUGUGACCUCCCCACCUCUGAGCCCGGACCCCACCACCCCGGACUACCUGACCUCUCUGCUGGCCUGUGGAGACCUGCAGGUCACGGGCAGCGGCCACUGUCCUUACAGCACUGCCCAGAAGGCCGUGGGCAAGGAUAACUUCACUCUGAUCCCGGAGGGAGUCAACGGGAUCGAGGAGCGCAUGACCGUCGUGUGGGACAAGGCGGUGGCCACUGGCAAGAUGGACGAGAACCAGUUUGUGGCCGUCACCAGCACCAACGCGGCCAAGAUCUUUAACCUGUACCCCAGAAAGGGGCGGGUGGCCGUGGGCUCGGACGCCGACGUGGUCAUCUGGGACCCCGACAAGGCGAAGACCAUCUCCGCCAAGAGCCACAAGUCGGCUGUGGAGUACAACAUCUUUGAAGGCAUGGAGUGCCACGGCUCCCCGCUGGUGGUCAUCAGCCAGGGCAAGAUCGUCUUUGAGGAUGGCAACAUCAACGUCAACAAGGGCAUGGGCCGCUUCAUCCCCAGGAAGCCCUUCCCCGAACACCUCUACCAGCGCGUCAGGAUCCGGAACAAGGUCCACGGACUGCAAGGCGUGCCGAGGGGCAUGUACGACGGCCCGGUGUACGAGGUGCCAGCCACACCCAAAUAUGCAACUCCUGCUCCUUCAGCCAAAUCCUCACCUUCCAAACACCAGCCUCCACCCAUCAGAAACCUCCACCAGUCCAACUUCAGCUUGUCGGGUGCUCAAAUAGAUGACAACAACCCCCGGCGCACCGGCCACCGCAUCGUGGCGCCCCCUGGCGGCCGCUCCAACAUCACCAGCCUGGGGUGAAGGCGCCGGGCCCAGCUGGAUGCCCGACUGGGGGAUGCCGUCCAUUCCUUCCCCGUGGUGUUUUGAGCCCGCAGUUUUCUUUGGUACUGACGGAGGGGAAAAUCGAAUGAUGUUCUUUCCUUUCUCUGUGUAGGAAGAAGUGGUUCUAGUGUGGUGUGUUUGCUUGGAAAUUCCUCGCCCCGCAGUUGUGUGUUCAUGCGAAGCCGUCUCCGAGCACGGUGUCGCGUCCCCUCCUUAGUGAGCACAGGUUCUAGCAGCGUCUUGUACCGUCCCCCGCUCUGCCUCACUGGCUCCGCGAUUCUCCGAGUGGUUCCUUUGCCCCCUCGUAGCUGUUUAGGGUAGUUGAUGCAUGUUAUAAAUUAUGUAUGCAAGUCUGAGUGCGUCCGACGAGACUCCUCCGAGGACUGAUGGAGACACGAUGGAGACCUCCAGCCCUUGGCCGGUUCCAGAAAGCUCCACCCGGGGAUGUUUCCUCUUGCCCCACCCGAGUCUACACUGGAAACACCUGCCCCUCGCCAUCCUCCCCGAGGCCUGGGAAUGCCCAGGGAGGCAGGAGCCGCCCGCUCGCCGAGCAGCACCCCGUGCCCGCGUCGGGAACCCCGGGCUCCGUGGCUCCCGCACCUCGCCAUGACGUCUUCGGUCUGUGUGUGUCCUCCCAGCAGCCCUGGACUUCAGGCCAAGCCAGCGUCGUGCGCGGAGCGGGGCCUCCGAUCCCCAUUUGGGCUGUGGUGGGGGCGGGGGCUCCCCCAGUUGCCGACUCCUGGUCCCUCCGAGGCGGUUGACGGGGCAGUCAGAUUUUUAAAGUUUUGUACAAAGUUUUCCUUUGUAAUCACCCCCAUUUUUACUUAACAACUGACUUAUCGUGGCUCUUAUUUCUGAACUCAAAGCUUGUGAAAAAAUAAAAGAAACAACU